AUGAGUGUCAACCCCAGAAAUGCCUCAUUCAUACAUUUAGAUAACAUUUCUGUAAAUGCUUCUAAUCAAAGCCAGAAUGAAAGGAGACUCAUCCAGGCUGCACUAAUGUCUUGUAUGAUUUGCAUCAGUGGCACAGGGAAUGCACUUGUUAUACUGGGCUUCAUUGUAAACAAAAAUCUAAGAACUCCGAGCAAUUACUUUCUUCUAAAUCUUGCCAUCGGGGACUUCUUUACAGGUACAUUCUCUCUCCCGCUGAAUUUGCACAGUUUCAUAACAAGUGGAAGCUGGGUGCUUGGAAAACAUGUUUGCAAACUGUGGCUUACAAUUGACUAUACACUGUGCCAGUGUACCAUUUAUAAUAUUGUAUUAAUCAGCUGCGAUCGUUUCCUGGCUGUUACCAAAGCUGUGAAACACAGAGAUCAGCAGAAGAAUGUAAAACUGGCCUUUAUGAAGAUGGCAGCUGUGUGGAUUGUAGCUUUCCUCAACUUUGGCCCUGCAAUUAUUUUGUGGGAGUACAUUGUGGGAUACAGUUCAAUACCAGAUGGUGUAUGUAACACUGAAAUCUAUUAUAGCACUAACUAUCAGCUCUUUCUUUUUAUUUUUGACUUCUGUACCCCAAUGGCUGCUAUAGCAUAUUUUAAUCUCAACAUAUCUUUCAAAAUAAGGUCUCUCAUGAAAAACAAGAAUCAAAACAGUUCUGUUAUUGUGAAAAAUCUUAUAAAGGAUGACAUUUUCUCUGUGGAUUCUACUAUUACCUCAAACCAUUCAUGGACAAUUUUUAAUCGUUCACAAUGA